AUGCAACGAAGUGAAGCCGUAAUAUUUGAAGCGCUGGGCAGAGGAAGCCUCCUGAUUGUCAAUCAGGAACAGUGUUAUCAAGGACAGCAAAAAGGCAAAACUAAUUCUCCGUCUUUGCGUCUCCCGACAUGUGCAACAAGCCCAAUGGAGCACCACACCCUUCCAGAGCCUCCGGUCUCCCGGGCCGCGGCGAUUGAAACGGAGCAACACAGAUGGGAGAUUGGCAUGGAGACAGAAACAAAAAUACAUCACUGCUUAGGGAUUCCAGGGGAGCAUGCAGCCCACAGACGUGCAGGGACACAAACAAUUCCACGCCUUCUUUAUGACAACCCAUGCAGCGCGUACUUAAAUGUGUGUGUGUGUGUGCGUGUACUCGCACCGCACGUGUACUUGCUCCGCGCGCAAAGUGUCCACUUACAAGGGUUCCCAAUGGCAACACACUUUCUGCCCUGCGCUCUUCUCCUGGCGUUGGCACUCUUGCCCUCGUCACUUGCCACGGAACAUGACCUCAUAGUCGAUACCAGGAACGGGAAAGUCCAAGGGAAGCGUCUCGCAGUGCUGGGCGGUGAUGUCCGAGCCUUUCUUGGCAUCCCUUAUGGAAAAGCACCGCUGGGCAAACUGAGAUUCCGAGCUCCAGAGCCUGCAGAAAAAUGGAACGGGGUGAAAGACGCAUCGCAAUAUCCAAAUUCCUGCUUCCAGUUUCCUGAUGUCACCUUUCCAGGUUUCAGUGGUGCGGAGAUGUGGAACCCAAACACUGACAUGAGCGAGGACUGCCUGUACCUAAAUAUCUGGACCACUUCCAGCAAAACCGGUCAGAGCUCACCGCUGGUUCCCGUCCUUGUCUGGAUCUACGGGGGAUCGUUUACCUCUGGAACGUCCUCUCUGGACAUUUACGACGGCCGCUACCUGAGCAAAGCCGAAGGUGUGGUUGUGGUAUCAAUGAAUUACAGAGUUGGUGCUUUUGGUUUCUUGGCUUUGCCUGACCACAACAACAUCCGGGGUAAUGCAGGUCUGCUGGACCAGCGCCUCGCCCUCCAGUGGGUGGCCAGUAAUAUCGCGGCUUUUGGAGGGGAUCCUUCACAGGUCACGAUUUUUGGAGAGAGUGCUGGGUCAGCAUCUGUAGGCUUCCAGCUCCUCUCCCCAGGAAGUCGUGAUCUAUUUCAAAGGGCUGUCAUGCAGAGCGGCGCCCCCAAUGCGCCCUGGGCAACGCUGAACAAAACAGUCGCCUAUGAAAGGUCCGUGAUGCUCGCCACAUUACUGGGGUGUCCCACGCAUAACCCAGCCAAACUGGACAUGUGCCUGCAGAAGGUUGAUCCACAUAGCAUAACCUCAAAGCAAUUCGAUGUUGUCACGGAGCCAACUUCAUUGGUCAUGCCCUUUGUCCCUCUUGUCGACGGCGACUUCCUACCCGAUGAACCCGAAGUGCUGCUGCAAAGUACCGACCUUCCGAAGAAAGAAUUGUUGAUUGGAUUAAACAGGGAUGAAGGGACUUACUUUUUACUCUACGGAAUGCCUGGAUUUAGCAUCACCGGCGAGAGUCUCAUCACCAGGAAGGAGUUCAUGGAAGGUUUGCAGAUUGUUAUGGCAGACGUUGGCUCUGUGGCAGCAGACGCAGCAAUUUUCCAGUACACAGAUUGGACAGAUGAAAAUAACGGGAUGAAAAACCGUGACUCUCUUGGAAGUCUGAUUGGAGACCAAUAUUUUGUUUGUCCUCUGCUGGAGUUUGCGCAAAGGUACUCACAUCAUGGUGGUAAAACCUUCUUCUAUUUUUUUGACCACCGAUCUUCCGUUAAUCCUUGGCCGGCGUGGAUGGGCGUCAUGCAUGGCUACGAGAUCGAAUUUGUGUUUGGAAUGCCACUGAAUGCCAACUUGGGUUAUACGAGGAGUGAAGUGAACAUGACCAAGAGACUCCUGAAACACUGGGCCAGUUUUGCAAGGACGGGCAAUCCAGGAGUUGAUGGGGCUGCAUGGCCUUUGUUUACCUCUGAGAACCAGGAGUACGUCACGCUCAACUCGAACCUUUCCGAAACAAGGAGGAUGAUGAGCGCCAAAGAGUGUUAUUUUUGGAACAAACUGAUACCAAAUAUACAGAAGGUUUCAGAUGAGCUACAGACUUGCGGGACUGCAACUGGGAAUACCCUCCACUAUCAUUGCACAUGUCUCAUGAUUCUAUUGUUUAUGUUUAUGUUUUUGUAAUCAAGGGUGUACAAAUCGGUCUCCCUUGUCUGAUGUAUCAGUUUUAAGCUUUUCUUUAAAGGGGAACAUUAUCACCAGACCUAUGUAAGCGUCAAUAUAUGCCUUGAUGUUGCAGAAAAAAGACCAUAUAUUUUUUUAACCGAUUUCUGAACUCUAAAUGGGUGAAUUUUGGCGAAUUAAACGCCUUUCUAAUAUUCGCUCUCGGAGCUAUGACGUCACAACGUGGCGUCACAUCGGGAAGCAAUCCGCCAUUUUCUCAAACACCGAGUCAAAUCAGCUCUGUUAUUUUCCGUUUUUUCGACUGUUUUCCGUACCUUGGAGACAUCAUGCCUCAUUGGUGUGUUG